AUGUCCAACUUCACAAACACCAAAGCCUGGACCACAGGCAAAAAACACUUCGACAAGGCCUGGUCCGCCCUCGACAAACUCGGCACGCCCGUGAACCGUCUCAGCAAUAAACUCGGUGCUGAAGCUUUCUGGCCGAUGGAGCUGGAUAAAGAAAGUGAGAAGUGCGCGCGCAUUGUGCGCAGUUUCUGUAAGGACGGUGUUUAUGUUGAAGAGAAGGAUGCCUCUACCUCUACUACACCACCGCAAGGGGCGACUGCGACCACGGACGGCAAGAAGAAAGAAUUCACAAAUAAACCCACCGGAAAAGCAAAGGUGCUUCAGAAGAUCCCCGCGAAGGUAAUCAAACAAGCGAAAGGAAUCGCGAUCUUCACAGCCAUGCGGACAGGACUAUGGUUCAGCGGGUCCGGAGGCAGCGGCGUCCUUAUCGCCAAGAACCAAGAGACAGGGCAGUGGAGUGCGCCUUCAGGCUUGAUGCUGCAUACAGCCGGAUUGGGGUUCCUUGCUGGCGCAGAUAUCUACGACUGCGUGAUGGUGAUUAAUACCUGGGAGGCGCUGGAGGCGGUUACGAAGGUGCGGGUUACGCUGGGGAGCGAGAUCUCUGUUGUUGCGGGCCCGGUGGGUGUGGGAGGAGUGUUGGAGAGUGAAAUCCAUAAGCGACAGGCGCCGAUCUGGACGUAUAUGAAGAGUAGGGGGUUGUAUGCGGGUGCGCAGAUUGAUGGGACGAUUGUGAUUGAGCGGAAUGACGAGAAUGAGCGGUUCUAUGGGCGGAAAGUACCAGUCAAGGAGAUAUUGAGUGGAGGGGUUACUACGGGGAGCAGAGAAGUGGCUGGGCUGGUGCAGACGUUAUACGCUGCUCAAGGGGAUAAGUCCUUUGAGCAGGCUACCAAUGUCCCUGGAGGGCCCAGUCCGAGUGAUGUCCCGCCAGGGGCUUUGGCGAAUUCUUACCAGGGACAUACAGCGCCGCCUCCGUACCAGCCGCCACCAGGGCCGAAUAUGGGAAAUCCAGGACAUCAGACAGGUCCUGGCCAGGGCUUCGGAGAGCCAUACCCUGGUAAACAAGGCAAUCCUCCAUUUCCAGGGCCUGCUGGGCCUUAG